AUGAUAUCCUCAGGCUUCACCAACGCGCCCGUCUCCCAAUUCCUCGUCUUCGGCACCGUCAUCGGGUCUCUCGUCGCAUCCCUCACCGACACACGAUAUUACCUCCCGAUUGCUGUGGUGCCGCAUAUCUGGGGCUAUGGACAGCUGUGGCGUGUGCUGACGUGGGGUUGGGUGUGGACAAAUAGUACCGAGGUGCUGUUUGGCGUGCUCGGAUUCUAUCAGCUGAGGGUCGUGGAGAGGCUGUGGGGGAGCCGGAAGUUCUUGAGCUUCAUCAUCGCAACCCUCCCGUACACGACGCUUCUUCCGCCGCUGCUCUUGACCUUCGUCCUGAGACCGCUCACACUCGGAUACGUCAACUACCUGCCCUCGGGCCCAACGGCCAUGCUCUUCGCCCUCCUCGCAAACUACUACGCCGCCAUCCCCUACACGUACAAAUACCGCAUCUCGCCCUCCACCCCCUCCCCUUCAUCCUCUUCGACAGCAACCCAACAAGCAACGUCCGUCUGGUCGCGCAGCCUCACAGUCACCUCCAAAGCAACGUCGUACAUUGCGCCCUUCCAGCUCGCGCUCUCCCAGUUCCCCGGCUCGCUGCUCGCCGCUGCAGUGGGCUGGGCGGUCGGGACUGCGUACCGCCGCGAUUUACUACCAGGGGCGUACGCGUGGCGGGUUCCGGGGUGGAUGGUGGGCGAGGAGGACGGAGACAAGGGCGGGUUCGAUAACCUGAGGCAGCGGCUGGAGCAUGAGCGGGAGGGCACGAGCACGGGGAUUCUGGCGGGCGAGACGGGGCAGGGGGCGCUUAGGCGGCGGACGCUGGGGGAGAUGAUCGGGGGUCAGUUCGGUGGAGGGCGGUGA